AUGCAUCUAGAGAACAAAGAAGGCCGGCUGGGCUCCGGAGCGCUGGAGGUCGAGCUGCACCUGGCGUCGGGGCUAGGGCCUGCAGGACCCAGCAACCGCAGGUCAGGAGGGGGCGCCAGCGUGGCAGCUAGGCAGAGCUGCUGGGCUCCUGCGGGCAGGGAUUUUGGCACAUUCCUCAUGGAGAAGAGGUCUCAGUCGCCCUUGCCCCAGUUCUUCAGUUCCAGCUCUGAAGACUCCCGCUUUACAGAAAACACUCCUUUGCUGAGGAAUGCCUCACAAGACACAGGGUCGCAGUGCAUGCCCAUCUACCAUCCAGAGUUCACCGGUGCCAAAGAAUCCUGGGAAACCAGCUUGGCCGAGUGGGAGCGAGGCCACCUGCUGAGCAGAGAGAUGUCUGGCUGGCCUGCAUCCGCCUCCCCAGAGAAGGGAGAGCUGCUCUCAGAGCUGAGCACCCACCUUUUCUCUUGCAGGCGCUGUGUGCGGUGGCUGAGAAUCACGGGCCUGUUUGUGUUUGUGGUGGUGUGCUCCAUUUUAUUCAGCCUGUAUCCAGAUCAAGGAAAGUUCUGGCAGUUGUUGGCUGUGUCACCACUGGAAAGCUACUCUGUGAACCUCAGCAGCCACGUGGACUCCACGCUGCUCCAGGUGGACCUGGCGGGGGCCCUGGCAGCCAGUGGGCCGAGUCGUCCUGGAAGAGAAGAGCAUGUUGUGGUGGAGGUGACCCAGGCAGAUGCCUCAGGCUCCAGGCGGGGGCGGCCACAGCAGGUCACUCACAACUGGACAGUGUUUUUAAAUCCAGGCAGAAGUGAGCGUUUGGUGGUGAGCAGGACCUUCGAGAUACUGAGCAGAGAGAUGGUGUCCAUCAGCAUUCGUGCCUCCCUGCAGCAGACCCGGGUGGUUCCUCUUCUGCUGGCUCAUCGGUACCUUCCCGCAGGGGCAGAGGCACAAGUGGCCAUCGCUGCGGCCAUCCUCGCGGGGGUCUACGUGCUCAUCAUAUUUGAGAUCGUCCACAGAACUCUGGCUGCCAUGCUGGGCUCCCUUGUGGCAUUAGCAGCGCUGGCUGUGGUUGGCGACAGACCCAGCCUGACCCUGGUGGUGGAGUGGAUUGAUUUCGAGACCCUGGCACUGCUGUUUGGCAUGAUGAUCUUAGUAGCCAUCUUUUCAGAAACUGGAUUUUUUGAUUAUUGUGCUGUAAAGGCAUACCGUCUGUCCCGGGGAAGAGUGUGGGCCAUGAUCAUCAUGCUGUGUCUCAUUGCUGCCAUCCUGUCUGCCUUCCUGGACAAUGUCACCACAAUGCUUCUCUUCACUCCAGUAACCAUAAGACUAUGUGAGGUGCUCAACCUGGAUCCGAGACAAGUCCUGAUUGCAGAAGUGAUCUUCACAAACAUUGGAGGAGCUGCCACCGCCAUCGGGGACCCGCCAAAUGUCAUUAUUGUUUCCAACCAGGAGUUGAGGAAGAUGGGCCUGGACUUCGCAGGAUUCACAGCACACAUGUUUGUUGGGAUUUGCCUUGUUCUCCUGGUCUCCUUUCCACUUCUCAGACUCCUUUACUGGAACAGAAAGCUUUAUAACAAGGAACCCAGUGAGAUUGUUGAACUAAAGCAUGAGAUUCACGUCUGGCGUCUGACUGCACAGCGCAUCAGCCCAGCCAGCCGCGAGGAGACGGCUGUGCGUGACCUGCUGCUAGGGAAGGUGCUGGCGUUGGAGUGCCUGCUGGCCCGAAGGCUGCACACCUUCCACAGACAAAUCUCACAGGAAGAUAAAAAUUGGGAGACCAAUAUCCAGGAGCUACAAAAAAAGCACAGGAUAUCAGACAGGAUUCUGCUCGCCAAAUGCCUGACGGUGUUGGGAUUUGUUAUCUUCACGUUCUUUCUCAAUUCAUUUGUCCCUGCCGUGUAUCUCGAUCUUGGAUGGAUUGCUAUUCUGGGUGCCAUCUGGUUGUUAAUUUUAGCUGAUGUCCAUGAUUUUGAGGUAAUUCUACACAGAGUGGAAUGGGCAACCCUUCUGUUCUUUGCAGCACUCUUUGUUCUGAUGGAGGCAUUGGCACAUCUCCACUUAAUAGAAUAUGUUGGAGAACAGACUGCUUUGCUAAUUAAGAUGGUCCCAAAGGAACAGCGCCUCGCAGCCGCCAUCACUCUUGUGCUGUGGGUCUCAGCCUUGGCGUCGUCCUUGAUCGACAACAUCCCAUUCACCACCACAAUGAUUCCUGUGCUCCUGAACCUGAGCCAAGACCCUGAGGUCAGCCUUCCUGCACUGCCGCUCAUGUAUGCCCUGGCCCUGGGUGCCUGCCUGGGAGGUAAUGGAACUUUGAUUGGAGCAUCAGCAAAUGUUGUUUGUGCGGGAAUUGCAGAGCAGCAUGGGUAUGGAUUCUCUUUCAUGGAAUUUUUCAGGUUGGGCUUCCCAAUGAUGGUUGUGUCCUGCACAGUCGGGAUGUGUUAUCUCCUUGUUGCGCAUGUUGUGGUGGGAUGGAAUUAA